GGGGUAGGUAGACCGAUGUUUGCCCGUCAGUCGAGUCCGGAGUGAGGAGCUCGGGCGCCGAAGCUGAGGGAGACUCUUCAGCUUAAGCUUGCCGCCGCCACGGCCGCCGCCUGGACCUUUGCCUCGAGGGAGCCGCAGAGGACCCAUCGCCAUCGUCCUCUGGAGGGCAGCGCGAUUGGGGGCCCGGACCUCCAGUCCGGGAGGGAUUUUUCGUCGUCCCCCCUCCCCCCAGCGAGGAAGCCCGGGCGGCCGCCAAACAAAGGUACCAGUCGCCGCCGCGGGAGGAGGAGGAGCCGGAGCCUCAGCCUCAGCAGCCGCUGGACCCACCGCCCUUCUUCCCCAUCUCUCCCCCGGGCCUGCUGGUUUUGGGGGGGCGGUGGAGGAGAGGGGACUCUGGACGUGCCUGGGUCAGAUCUCGCCUCCGAGGAAGGUGCAGGUGAAUCUGGUGUUUUCGAGGGGAACGCGGUCCCAGAGUCAUCAUGAAGGCCCUCGAUGAGCCUCCAUAUUUGACAGUGGGCACUGAUGUGAGUGCUAAAUACCGAGGAGCUUUUUGUGAAGCCAAGAUCAAGACAGCAAAAAGACUUGUCAAAGUCAAGGUGACUUUUAGACAUGAUUCUUCAACGGUGGAAGUUCAGGAUGACCACAUAAAGGGUCCACUAAAGGUAGGAGCUGUUGUGGAAGUAAAGAAUCUUGAUGGUGCAUAUCAGGAAGCUGUUAUCAAUAAAUUAACAGAUGCAAGUUGGUACACUGUAGUGUUUGAUGAUGGAGAUGAGAAGACACUGAGAAGGUCCUCACUGUGCCUGAAAGGAGAGAGGCAUUUUGCCGAAAGUGAAACCCUAGACCAGCUCCCACUCACCAACCCUGAACAUUUUGGCACACCAGUCAUAGGAAAGAAAACGAAUAGAGGAAGAAGAUCUAAUCAUAUACCAGAAGAAGAGUCUUCAUCAUCGUCUAGCGAUGAGGAUGAGGACGAGAGGAAACAGGUUGAUGAGCUACUGGGCAAAGUUGUCUGUGUGGACUAUAUUAGUUUGGAUAAAAAGAAAACGUUAUGGUUUCCUGCAUUGGUGGUUUGUCCUGAUUGUAGUGAUGAGAUUGCUGUGAAAAAAGACAAUAUUCUUGUUCGAUCAUUCAAAGAUGGCAAGUUUACUUCAGUUCCAAGAAAAGAUGUCCAUGAAAUUACAAGUGAUGCUGCACCAAAGCCUGAUGCUAUAUUAAAACAAGCCUUUGACCAGGCACUUGAAUUUCACAAAAGUAAAACUAUCCCUGCUAACUGGAAGACUGAAUUGAAAGAAGAUAGCUCAAGCAGUGAAGCAGAGGAAGAAGAGGAAGAGGAAGAUGAUGAGAAAGAGAAGGAGGAUAACAGCAGUGAAGAAGAGGAAGAAAUAGAACCAUUUCCAGAAGAAAGGGAGAACUUUCUUCAGCAGUUGUACAAAUUUAUGGAAGAUAGAGGUACACCUAUUAAUAAACGACCUGUACUUGGAUAUCGAAAUUUGAAUCUCUUUAAGUUAUUCAGACUCGUGCACAAACUUGGAGGAUUUGAUAAUAUUGAAAGUGGAGCUGUUUGGAAACAGGUCUAUCAAGAUCUUGGGAUUCCUGUCUUAAAUUCAGCUGCAGGAUAUAAUGUUAAAUGUGCUUAUAAAAAAUACUUAUACGGUUUUGAGGAGUAUUGUAGGUCAGCAAAUAUUGAAUUUCAAAUGGCAUUGCCAGAAAAAGUUGUGAACAAGUGUAAGGAGUGUGAAAAUGUAAAAGAAAUAAAAAUUAAAGAAGAGAAUGAGACAGAGGUCAAAGAAAUAAAUACUGAAGAAGACAGGACUGUAAUACUGAGAGAAGAAAAGCCAAGUGAAGAUGAAAUUGAAAGAAAGGAAAAUAUUAAACCAUCUCUGGGAAGUAAAAAGAAUUUAUUAGAAUCUAUACCUACACAGUCUGAUCAGGAAAAAGAAGUUAAUAUUAAAAAAUUGGAAGAAGAUGAAAAUCUGGAAGACAAUUCUGCAACUAGGGUAGAUGAAUCUCUCAACAUAAAGGUAGAAGCUGAGGAAGAAAAAGCAAAAUCUGGAGACGAAAUGAAUAAAGAGGAAGAUGAAGAUGAUGAAGAAGCAGAAGAGGAGGAGGAGGAGGAAGAAGAAGAGGAUGAAGAUGAUGAUGUCAACAAUGAGGAAGAGGAGUUUGAAUGCUAUCCACCAGGCAUGAAAGUCCAAGUGCGGUAUGGACGAGGGAAAAAUCAAAAAAUGUAUGAAGCUAGUAUUAAAGAUUCUGAUGUCGAAGGUGGAGAGGUCCUUUACUUGGUGCAUUACUGCGGAUGGAAUGUGAGAUUUACAACAAGAAGGAGAGACAGAUCUUCCAUCCGCUGGUUCACUCAUCAAGUGGCUGCAGUGGGCAGAACUGAGCCGAUCCGAAGCCAGGAGCCAGGAGUUUCUUCUGGGUCUCCCACAUAUGAUGAAUGGAUUAAAGCAGAUAAAAUAGUAAGACCUGCUGAUAAAAAUGUGCCAAAGAUAAAACAUCGGAAGAAAAUAAAGAAUAAACUAGACAAAGAAAAAGACAAAGAUGAAAAAUAUUCUCCUAAAAAUUGUAAACUUCGGCGCUUGUCAAAACCUCCAUUUCAGACAAACUCCUCUCCUGAAAUGGUUACCAAACUGGAUCUUAGUGAUGCCAAAAACUCUGAUACAGCUCAUAUUAAAUCCAUAGAAAUUACAUCUAUCCUUAAUGGACUUCAAGCUUCUGAAAGUUCUGGUGAAGACAGUGAGCAAGAAGAUGAGAGAAGUGCUGAGGACAUAAGUAGUAAUGACAAAGAAGAAUCCAAGAUCGAUCAUUUGACUCAUACCAGAAUUGAACUUAUUUCUAAAGAAGAACAGAACAGCUCAUCUCUGCUUGAAGAAAGCAAAGUUCACACAGAUUUGGUAAUAUCCAAAUCAGGAUCAAAAUCUCCAGAAAGACUAAGAAAAGAUAUGGAAGGAUUAUCUGAAGAUACUGAUUAUGAAGAUGAUGAUGUCACAAAAAAGCGAAAGGAUGUCAAGAAAGAUGCAACAGACAAAUCUUCCAAACCACAAAUAAAACGUGGCAAAAGAAGGUAUUGCAAUACCGAAGAAUGUUUAAAAAGUGGAUCACCUAGCAAAAAGGAAGACAAGACCAAGGGCAAAGAAUCACUUUGCAUAGAAAAUAGUAGCAACAGUUCUUCAGAUGAAGAUGAAGAAGAAAAAUCAAAAGCAAAGAUGACACCAACCAAGAAAUACAAUGGUUUGGAGGAUAAAAGAAAGUCUCUACGGACAACUGGCUUCUAUUCAGGAUUUUCAGAAGUGGCAGAAAAAAGGAUAAAGCUUUUAAAUAACUCUGAUGAAAGACUUCAAAACAGCAGGGCUAAAGAUCGAAAAGAUGUCUGGUCAAGUAUUCAGGGACAGUGGCCUAAAAAAACUCUGAAGGAGCUUUUUUCUGAUUCUGAUACAGAGGCGGCAGCUUCCCCACCCCAUCCUGCCCCAGAGGAAGGAGCAACAGAGGAGUCCCUACAGACUGUGGCUGAGGAGGAGAGUUGUUCACCCCGCGUAGAGCUAGAGAAACCAUUGGCAGUAGGUGUCGACAGUAAGGCUGUUGAAGAAAAAACAGUAGAAAUCAAUGACAGAAAAGCCGAAUUUCCAAGUAGUGGCAGUAAUUCAGUGCUAAAUACACCUCCUACAACACCUGAAUCGCCUGCGUCAGUCACGGUAACAGAACCUAGUCAGCAGCAGUCUUCUGUCACAGUGUCAGAACCCCUGGCUCCAAACCAAGAAGAAGUUCGAAGUAUCAAGAGUGAAACUGAUAGCACAAUUGAGGUGGAUAGUGUUACAGGGGAGCUUCAAGACCUGCAGUCUGAGGGGAAUAGCUCACCCACGGGCUUUGAUGCCAGUGUGAGUUCCAACAGUAGUAAUCAGCCGGAGCCAGAACAUCCUGAGAAAGCCUGUACAGGUCAAAAAAGAGUUAAAGAUGCUCAGGGAGGAGGAAGUUCAUCAAAAAAGCAGAAAAGAAGCCAUAAAACGACAGUGGUAAACAACAAAAAGAAGGGGAAAGGCACAAACAGUAGUGACAGUGAAGAACUUUCAGCUGGUGAGAGUAUAACUAAAACUCAGCCGGUCAAAUCAGUUUCCACUGGAAUGAAGUCCCAUAGUACCAAAUCUCCAGCAAGGACACAGUCUCCAGGAAAGUGUGGAAAGAAUGGGGAUAAGGAUCCUGAUCUAAAGGAGAACAGUAACCAACUACCCAAAGUUUACAAGUGGAGUUUUCAAAUGUCGGACCUAGAAAACAUGACAAGUGCUGAACGCAUUACAAUACUUCAAGAAAAACUGCAGGAAAUCAGAAAACAUUAUCUGUCAUUAAAAUCUGAAGUUGCUUCCAUUGAUCGGAGGAGAAAACGUUUAAAGAAGAAAGAGAGAGAAAGUGCUGCUACGUCUUCAUCAUCUUCUUCACCUUCAUCCAGUUCCAUAACAGCUGCUGUUAUGCUAACUUUAGCUGAACCGUCAAUGUCCAGCACAUCACAGAAUGGAAUGUCAGUUGAGUGCAGGUGACAGCAGGACUUGCUAAAGCACUUUGCACUUAAUGGCUGUUGAGGGCCACGUCUUUUUUAUAUACUGCACAGUGGCACAAAAAAAAAAAAUCAGACAAGCACUAUUUUAUAUUUAAAAAUUGUUUCUUGACAAGCUGACUUGGCACUUAAGUGCACUUUUUUUAUGAAGAAAAAGUACAAUGAACUGCUUUUCCUCAAGCAAUAAUUGUUUCCACCUUGUCUGGAAAUUGUGUGUCUGGUAACUUGAAGGCCUUCCACUGUGGCAAAUGGAGGCUUUUCACUGCCAGGAAAGACAAUACAGUACACUUAGUUAACGGGGUGGGCCAGAACAUGGUAAGAUAACUUACUGUAUAUGUAUUCCCUUGUAUUUUGUUAAAGCUGGAACAUUUGAUAUUUUUCCAUUUAUUUAUGAAAAAAUAUGAACCUAUUUUCAUUUGUACAAGCUAAUUGUUUUUUAAUGCAAGUCACCACAGGGUGGCUUUAAUUGUAUAAGUCAAGCACAUGUAAUAAAUUCAAAACCUGCAGUCAACAGGAUAUUAGACAUCAAUCCUGGUAACCAAAUAUUAUGAAAGAUUCUCUUUAAAAAGACUGAAUAUGUUUACAGGUUUGAAUUAGGCUAAAAGGUCUUGCAGUGGCUUUUCACGCCCCUUCAAAUUGGAAUGGAACUACUGUACUUUGCCAUUUUUCUAUAAAUCAGUAUUUUUUUUUAAUUUUGAUAUAAUACAUUGUGUGAAAAAAGAAAGUGGCUAAUAAACUGUAUUAAAUCUUAAACAAUGUAUAAAGAUUGUACUUAGCCAGUUCAAAGUGUAUAUUUAUUCAUAAUGAAUUAUAACAGUUAUAUUUUUGUGUUUUCUUGUAAAUGUUUCUUUUCCUUUAAAUACAGAUAAUUCAUUUGUAUUGCUUAUUUUAUUAUGAGCUACAACAAAAAGACUUCAGGAACAACUAUUAGGAUGGUUCAAGGUUGUUGAUCUGAACUGUCUCGAAAGGAUGGCUGUUUUCAGUAUAAAUAGCUAAUUGGGACAGUAGGCCUAUAAAAUUAAAUGCCUUGUAUAAAAUUCAGAAUGAACGCAAAGUUGUUUUCACUUGUAUUGACUUUAUGUUGUAUGAUUCCAAUCUCUGUUCUGUUUGGCACUUGUAUUUAAUUCUUCACCUUUGUAAGACAUUUGUAUAUUGCGGAUGUGUUCAUUCAAACUAUUUAAUACCUGGCACUGUUAUUAUACAGUACUUUACUGUACAGACUGUUUUACUGUUUUAAUUGUAGUUCUGUGUACUUUUUUUGGAUGGAGCUGGCAUGUUUUGUUUGUUUCCUGGCAAUUCGACAUGUGAGAAUUUCAAAGCGUUUUGUUGUAGAUGCUAACGUGUCAGAAUCCUUUACAUUCAACUUUUCUAAGAAAAGCAUUUUCAGUCUUGUAGUAUGUGCUUACUUACAGUAACUAAUUUUGUUGAAAAUGGUUUCAAGUUAUUCAAAUUUGUACAGGACUGUAAAGAUUUGUUGACAACAAACUGUUGAAGAAAAAGCUUAUAGAAUAAAAGCUAUAAAGUAUAUAUUAGAAUCUGCAACAAUGAAGAAUUAUGUAAUAUAUUGUACAAAUGUAAGCAAAGGCUCUGAAAUAAAAUGCCAUAGUUUGUGAA